GAGGUUAUAAAAUACAUCCUAAUAUGGACCCAGUUUGCCCUCAGAACAGCCUCAAUUCAUCAGGGACUCUAAGGUGUUGAAAAAGUGUCCCGGCCCAUUUUGACUCCAAUAAUUCCCACGGUUGUAUCAAGUUGGCUGGUGAAACAUUGAUACACACAGGAAACUGUUGACCAACUGAAACCGAUGCGCCUGGCACCUGCUACCAUACCCCAGUUGAACCCCAAGCCUGGCACCUGCUACCAUACCCCAGUUGAACCCCCAGCCUGGCACCCGCUACCACCAGUCAGUAUCUGGUGUGGACCAGAAAACCAGUCAGUAUCUGGUGUGGACCAGAAAACCAGUCAGUAUCUGGUGUGGACCAGAAAACCAGUCAGUAUCUGGUGUGGACCAGAAAACCAGUCAGUAUCUGGUGUGGACCAGAAAACCAGUCAGUAUCUGGUGUGGACCAGAAAACCAGUCAGUAUCUGGUGUGGACCAGAAAACCAGUCAGUAUCUGGUGUGGACCAGAAAACCAGUCAGUAUCUGGUGUGGACCAGAAAACCAGUCAGUAUCUGGUGUGGACCAGAAAACCAGUCAGUAUCUGGUGUGGACCAGAAAACCAGUCAGUAUCUGGUGUGGACCAGAAAACCAGUCAGUAUCUGGUGUGGAUCAGAAAACCAGUCAGUAUCUGGUGUGGAUCAGAAAACCAGUCAGUAUCUGGUGUGGAUCAGAAAACCAGUCAGUAUCUGGUGUGGAUCAGAAAACCAGUCAGUAUCUGGUGUGGAUCAGAAAACCAGUCAGUAUCUGGUGUGGAUCAGAAAACCAGUCAGUAUCUGGUGUGGAUCAGAAAACCAGUCAGUAUCUGGUGUGGAUCAGAAAACCAGUCAGUAUCUGGUGUGGAUCAGAAAACCAGUCAGUAUCUGGUGUGGAUCAGAAAACCAGUCAGUAUCUGGUGUGGAUCAGAAAACCAGUCAGUAUCUGGUGUGGAUCAGAAAACCAGUCAGUAUCUGGUGUGGAUCAGAAAACCAGUCAGUAUCUGGUGUGGAUCAGAAAACCAGUCAGUAUCUGGUGUGGAUCAGAAAACCAGUCAGUAUCUGGUGUGGAUCAGAAAACCAGUCAGUAUCUGGUGGGACCAUUUGCCUUAUGCAUUAUGACACAUCUCCUUCACAUAGUUGAUCAGGCUGUUGCCUGUGGAAUGUUGUCCCACUCCUCUUCAAGGGCUGUGUGAAGUAGCUGGAUAUUUGGCGGGAACUGGAACACGCUGUCAUACACGUCGAUCCAGAGCAUCCCAAACAUGCUCAACAGGUGACAUUGAAAAACUGGGACAUGUUCAGCAUCCAGGAAUUGUGUCCAGAUCCUAACGACAUGGGGCCGUGCAUUAUCAUGCUGAAACAUGAUGGCGGUGGACGAAUGGCACGACAAAGGGCCUCAAGAUCUCACGGUUUCCCUGCAUUCAAAUUGCCAUUGAUAAAAUGCAAUGAUGUUCCUUGUCCGUAGUUUAUGCCUGCCCCAUACCAUAACCCCACCAUGGGGCACACUGUUCACAACAUUGACAUUAGCAAUACACGUGGUCUGCGGUUGUGAGGCCGUACUGCCAAAUUCUCUAAAACGGAUGUUGGAGGUGGCUUAUGGUAGAGAUAUGAACAUUAAAUUCUCUGGCAACAGCCAUGGUUGGUUGACAUUCCUGCAGUCAGCAUGUCAAUUGCCCGCUCCCUCAAAACAUCUGUGGCAAAACUGCACAUAUUAGAGUGGCCUUUUAUUGUCCCCAGCACAAGGUGCACCUGUGUAAUGAGCAGGCUGUUUAAUCAGCUUCUUGAUUUGCCACACCUGUCAGGUGGAUGGAUUAUCUAAGCGAAGGAGGAAUGCUCACUAACAGGGAUGUAAACAAAUGUGAGAGGAACUAGGUUUGUGUGUGUAUGGGACAUUUCUGGGAUCUUUUAUUUCAGCUCAUAAAACAUGGGACCAACACUUUACCUGUUGUGUUUAUAGUGUUGUUCAGUCUAGAUCAUUAUGAUGGAUUUAUAAUUCAACUACUAAU